AGGUUCUCCGUGAAACAACACCCGCCAACACGUCCGCUUCUGCGGUGCACGAGUGGGUGCGAAAUGUGGAGACGCAUUUCGAAACAUGGGUGACGGAACGAAGGGCGCGCAAGCAGCAAGCACCAACGGAAGACACAAAGCAGUCUGAAGACUCGUACAUCGCCGAGAUCAUGACCCGCUUUCUUUCGGUGCUUCCGGAUGAGUAUGUCAAGGAGUUUCGCCAAAGCUGUCGCCAUCUCGGAAAAGAGACAAGCGAACGCACGCUGGCAAUGCUGCUGAAGAACAUCAAGGCUCAAGCUGAGGAGGGGCUCCAGAUGGGCAGCGGCGGAGCCAACGCAGGCAGCGGCGGAUCCGGUGGCGGACCUCACGGGAAACGAGCAAGCAAGACGCUCUCGCCUGAAGAGAAUAGGAGCGUCAACGCGUUCGCCAAGGACAAGCAAGUAGACCCUGACAAGUUAGCCAUGUUCUUGCAGCAGCAAAAGACGGGCGCUGGCCAGCCAGACAAAACCAAGUGCAACGGCAAAGGCCACUUCGGUUCGCAUCACCGCCAGUGGUUACAGGCGAUGAUCAACAGGCAUGGCCUCAAGGAGAUGCAAGGCGGACACAUGGGCGAUUGCACGACAUGCGCAGGGAACCACCAGAUAAGCACAACGUCGGGGACAAAGCUGCCGUGUAUCAAUACGUGGAUGCAGGAGGCAGGCAUCAAGCCGAUCCGAAACAAGGCGUCGGGAUGCAAUCAAUGCAUCAGUGACGAGAUCAAGGUCGACACCGAGGUGCUCAAGUCCCUGAGGGCCCAGCAAGAGAAAACAGACGCAGAGAAACGUGCUAAGGAGGCCCAGAAGACGCAACGAGACGCAGACGCUGCUGCGAAGACAGCAGGCGCUCUCGGCGCUGGGACGGAUCCAAACUGGCGCAACGGAAAGGGCAAAGGCAAGAAAGGAAAAGGCAAAG